GUGGGAUUUGAUUGCAGCGUCGGGAAAUUCUCAGCUUUUAUUCUCUGUCUCCAUGUAGCAUAAAGAGGACGAAAGUGAAACCGUUAUCUUACAAUAAACGCUGAGAGGGAAGGAGCAGCACUAAAACAGGGUGUUACAGAAGAAGAACUAACAGUAUUUGGGACACAUCCGAGGGAAAAUGGACCAAGUUGUAGGACAAGUUAGAACAAAAGAACACUGGUCAAAUUCAUUGCCUGAUUGUUCAAAUGGAGAUAUGACCUGCCAGGUACACAAAACCGUUCAGCAUAAACCAGAAGACAAGACAAUUUCUAAUGAAUAUGAGGCCACAUGUGAAGGUACUUCUAUGACAUUGGAAGAAGUAAUAUAUAUGUCUAAGAAAACAUGUAAAAUAUGCAGAUUGAGUGGAGCAAUGUUUGAAAUACUGGAAGGAAUUGCAACAAUUCCAAAAUCAGUAAUGAAGAAAAAAGACAUAAUGAAAACAUCACUGCAAGAUAUAGUUCCAGUAAACAAAAGCAAUGUACGUCUCAAUGACAGUAGCAACAACGCUGCCACAGUUCUGUUUGAAGGCAAAAAAGAACACAGAUCAGCCACAGUGUCAGAUUUCAGAACCAGCGAUAUGACCUGCAUAUGGCAAGAUAAGAACCAGCAUACCCCAGAUGAGAAAAGGACUGCUAAUGAAGAAAGUGGCUCCAGGGAAAAUGGUUCUUUGACAGCAAAGAAAUUAGGAAGCGGCCCUGAGGCAACUCCUGAAACUCCAGAUCAUGACAGGAAGUCUCCGUUGUUAUCUGAUGCACCACAUGGAAGUAAAGAACUCUCAGGAGAUAAAAAGAAAAAGAAACAUAUACAAAGAAAGAUAUUGAAGGCUCUUGGAAUUGGGAGGCCUGAUAACAAAUUAGGAGGAACUAUAAACUCCCAAAAUGAAAACAGCAGAAACAAAGAACAGAGUCUGACCACGAUGUCACAUUCUACAGAUGAUAAUGUGAUCUGCACACAGCAAGAUGAGAACCAGCAUACAUCAGAUGAGAGCAGCAGUACCGAAGAAAGUAGCACAUGCGAAACUCGUUCUUGGACCCCCCAGAACAUAGGAAGUAGUCCUGAAAAAACUAUCAAUAUACCAAACAGUGACAAAAGGUCUUCACUGUUACUUGGAGUACCAUCUUUAACAAAGGCACUGUCAGACGUGAAAAAAAAGAAAAAAAAGAUAAAAAAGAAGAUACAAAAGAAACUGUUCCAAUCACAUAAAAAUGCACUUCCAGAUGAUAAACUAGGAAAUGCUGACAGCUAUCAAGAAGAAAACUCCAACAAAAGUGUUGCAAUCCUUUUAGAAGGCAGAAACAAAGAACAGAGUCUGACCACGAUGUCACAUUCUACAGAUGAUAAUGUGAUCUGCACACAGCAAGAUGAGAACCAGCAUACAUCAGAUGAGAGCAGCAGUACCGAAGACAGUAGCACAUGCGAAACUCGUUCUUGGACCCCCCAGAACAUAGGAAGUAGUCCUGAAAAAACUAUCAAUAUACCAAACAGUGACAAAAGGUCUUCACUGUUACUUGGAGUACCAUCUUUAACAAAGGCACUGUCAGACGUGAAAAAAAAGGAAAAAAAAGAUAAAAAAGAAGAUACAAAAGAAACUGUUCCAAUCACAUAAAAAUGCACUUCCAGAUGAUAAACUAGGAAAUGCUGACAGCUAUCAAGAAGAAAACUCCAACAAAAGUGUUGCAAUCCUUUUAGAAGGCAGAAACAAAGAACAGAGUCUGACCACGAUGUCACAUUCUACAGAUGAUAAUGUGAUCUGCACACAGCAAGAUGAGAACCAGCAUACAUCAGAUGAGAGCAGCAG